UUGUUGGCCGUUAUGGUUCAAUCGGAUGCUUUUACACCGUUCUUGACGAAUCUUGCAUUUAAUAGCUUUCCUUCGAGCUUAUCAAGAAUUAUUUCGGAAAAGAUUGGAUUGCCUAUUUCUGAAAUGCCUGCAACACCAUCAGUACCAUCAAUACCAUCGAUACCGUCAACACCACCGAUACCGUCAAUACCAUCAGUACCACCAAUGCCAUCAAUACCGUCAAUACCAUCACUUCCAUCAAUUCCACCAAUACCAUCGUUACCUACAAUACCGUCAAUACCGUCAAUGCCACCAACAUCUUCAACACCUUCAGUACCAUCAAUGCAAAUGCCUCCAAUUCCGUCAAUACCGGCUUUGCCGUCAUUACCAACAAUACCAUCAAUACCAACAAUACCAGCAAUGUCGCCAGCAUCAUCGAUACCAUCAAUGCCAUCAGUUCCAUCGAUUCCAUGGAUACCAUCAAUACCGUCGUUUCCUUCAAUACCGUCAAUACCAUCAAUAUCCUCAUCUAAACCAGCUAAACCUGCUAAGCCAUCUAAACCAACAGAAGCAUCCAAACCUUUCACUGAAUUGAAUCCUCAAACUAGAACAGCUUUUCAAUAUCCCGCUCAAUAUUACUUUAUGCUACCUGGAACAUAUUACUCUCUUGAAAGCCUGAACGAAAAUUACGAACGAAGUUAUCCAUCUUUAAAUUCGGUAACUCAAGGUGGAUAUUUAUACUUCUAGUAUUUUUAUUUGUUGCAAAUUAUUA